AGAGGGGAGCGGGCGGGGAGGGCCGCGGCCCCCACAGGGAGCCCCCGCCGCGGGCCGCCCGCGGCACCGGCGUCUCACCUCGCGAGCGGCGCGGCGGCUGAGAGACAGCACAGCAGAACAGAGAGUGAAUUUGUGCACUGCAGGCUUGGAACUACAGCGAAAUGGAGAAAGUCAGGAGCAGUUCAAAAUCCCUGAAGAUGCAGGAAAUCCAACAGCCAGCUGGGCAUCAAGUCCAUGCAAGUGGCCAGUCUGUUGCUCCCCACUCUGCCAGACAUGAAUUCCAGGACAGAGGCCAUGACAAUCCGAGCAGAGUUGGGUGUGCCCAGAAUCAAAGAAGAAGGUUAAAAAAAUUCCGGACCAGACAUCUAGCAAGGAAAUUCUUCUAUCUGUGGGCAAAAAUGACAUUUGGACAAGUUCUCCCUUCCAAAGCCAGAUCCUUUUAUGAGCAGAAGAUUCUUCAAAAAACUUUUGGCCAGUGGAAGGAGUGGUGGAGAGUUUGCAGAGAGAGGAAGCUCAGCCUCAGAGCAGAGAACCACUACAGGCAUUUCCUCUAUAGUUUGAUAUUCAAGGCCUGGAGAGCCUAUGUGUGCCAGCAGCAAGGAGAGAGGAACAAAUACUGUGUUGCAGAGUCUCAUGCAAAGAAGCAAAAGCUGCUCAGGACCUGGCAGUGCUGGCUGGUUUAUGUUGAUGUUGAAAGGACAAAACGUGGGAUGCAGUCUGUGGCACUGGCAUUCAGGGAAAGAAGCUGUCUGCGCGUUUCGUGGGCGGUGUGGAGAAGACAACACUACCAGAAAUGCACUGGACAUCAAAUGAAUAUUUUGGCUCUGCAGCACUGGGCCCAGAGCCUGCAAUUUCGAGCUUGGUUGCAGUGGCGAGAGCUGUAUUUGUACAGCCAGAAUGAGAAGCAGAAGGAGACCAGGGCAGUCACUCACCAUCAGCACUGGGAAUUGAGGAGAUGCCUGGGAGCAUGGCUGGGAUACUUAAACCUCCACAGAGUAAAGAAACGUCAGAAUGAGCUGGCCCAGGAGCUUCACCGGAGCCGGACGCUCCGGCGCCGUUUCUCUGACUGGCGGCUGUUGUUGGAGUGCAAGAGAAGAAUUCAUGCUCACCAAAAGGACUUGGAAAAACAAGCAGCAAGGAUUGCCUUAUGGAGAGUCUUUGCACACUGGAAGCAUUAUGUUGUGCUGUGUGUGGAGGAGUCUCGGCAGUGUGAGCUGGCUGAAGAGCACUACAGACAUCACCUGUUGAAACUUGGCUUUAAGGGUCUUUGGCAGAAUGUUGUGAACACUCGUCUUCAGAGAAUGAGAAAAAAUCUGUCACACCGUCAGCACCAAGUUACAGUGCUGCAGAAGUUCUGGAACCGUUGGAAGUCCCGUUUGGAAGAGAAGGAGGAAGAACAGCAGCAGGCCUUAACAUUAGUGGCUCAUGUCCGUUAUAGGAGGGUGUUGAUGAGAUGGGCGUUUGACACGUGGCUGCUGAAGGCCAGCAAGCUGCAGGAGGAUCGAAUGGGGGAGGAGAGGGCUGUGCUUCAUUUUGAAAGGCAACUGUUGCGCUGCUUCUGGUGCUCCUGGCGCAGAAGAACAGCGGCGUGUUUGGAGGAGCAGGAGGCCUUGGUUCGGGCCAGAGAUCACUACAGUAACUUCCUGAAGCUGAAGGCCUUCUGUCUCUGGAAGCAAAGUACUCAGGAGAGAAAAACAGAGAAGCUCAGGGAGAUGCAAGCCUUAAGAUUUCACUGUUCAAAGUGUCUGCAGAAGACUUGGAACAAGUGGAGGGAGUAUGUGGGACACCAGCGUGAGAAAUGGAGGAAGUUGGUGCGAGCAGAUCUGCACUAUCGACAGACAUUGCUGGGCAAGACCUUGGCAGCCUGGAAGAGUUACCAACAAAACAUACAGUGUGUUCUGUACCGAGUAGCUGAAAAGGAGGAGGAGCACACCAGGCUGCUGCUGGGGCAGCUUCUGUAUACGUGGAGAGAAAAUGCCCUUGCUCUUAUCCAUGAAGCCAAGGCAACUGCUCGGGCAGAUGAGCACUACAGGAGGGCAGUCCUGUCGAAGGUGUUGCUGCAGUGGAGACACACGGCCUGGCUGCGAGCGUGUCACCGCCAGGAGAAGGUGACAGCUGUGAUGGAGGCCAGAAAACACCUGGAUACAGUGCGUUUACAGACCUUGUUUCUUCAUUGGAAGGAAUUAACGGGGGAGUGUCUGAUGCUGAGGGCUCAGCACCACAGGGCAGUACAGCACCACCAGCAGCACCUGCUCCACAAGUACCUGGGGAAAUGGAAAAAUUAUCAUCAGCAGUGCCUUGAGAAAACGCUGCUGCAGAGACAGGGAGAUCAGCUAAUGACUCACAGACUUUGCUCUGCUUCCUUCUCUUGCUGGAAGGCACGGCUGUUGCAGCAACAAUGGGAAAAGCAGCAGACAGUGCAGGCGCUGUGGCACUGGUCCCUGUCGGUGCAGAGGAAGGUAUUUGAUGCUUGGCUCACAUUUGCCAAGGAGCAACAGAAGAAAGAUGGCAAUGAAAAAGGCACAGGAGUUCACCACACAAGUUUUCUGAGAGAAGGUGGAAUCUGGACCUUGAGAAACCCCAGUGGCAUGAAACAGUUGCAGGAUCAGCUCCAUGCCCAGCACCAGCUGAAGAAGCAGGUGACAUUUGGGAGGCCUGAUGUUAGUCCUGAGACAAGAGGACAUUCAGCAGAGGAAGAGCCAUGGCCUUCAAAAUGCAGACAUCUACCACUGCACCCUGCUGAUGGGGGCUCAGUUCUCAGUGAUCUAAAUGCUAUUCAACGAGCCAGGUUACCACCACGGAGGCCUGACUUCCUUCUGGAGUCUCUAGAAAGCAAGGAACUGCUGGGACCUCCUUUUGCUAGGUCAGAGGUUCCCUUUCAGCAAACAUCUGUGAAUAAUUGUUCUGCACAGACUGGGAACUUACUGCAGACACCUCACCUGGAGGAAAGCACCUGUAAAUGUCUGUCUCAGGGCAGUGCUGCUCAUUCCCAUCCUCUUCCCUCUCUCCCACGUGCUGCUCUCCCCUCUCCCCCACUGUGGACAGCAGAUGUGCCCCGUGCUGGGCAGGGCCCACAGCUCUGGCCUCCUGCCUCUUUCAUGCCCCAGAUGAAAGCUGGGUCAGAGAAGAGAGGAGAUCAGCCUGGGAGUGGUCACAAAGGAGCCCAUCCCCAAGAGUCCCAACAGAACUCAGUGGGGAAGUUGCGACCAAAUUUGCAGCCACAUCUGCUGUCACCUGAAGACUUGGUGGCACAGUGGAGUCACCAAACUGCAGCUGAAGGGGAAGAGAGGGAGCACAGUUCCAGAGAAGAAAUGGUGUUGCAGAGAAAGGUGGAGGUUGAACUCCGACACAUCCAGCAGCAGAUGCAGUACUACUACAGCAGGAAGCUGGAGCUCAAGUCCUGUCAGCAGCAGGCACAGAUUCUGCAGCAGUGGCUGGAACUGAGCUCAGGACCAGGAGCCCGAGCUGGUGUGCAAGGAGUUCAGGAAGAGCUGGGUCAGCUGCAGGGAAGGAUCAACACCCUGAGCGCAGCCCAGCUGACGGACAGACAGCGUGUGCAGAGCCUGCUCGCCCGCCUGCGGGAGAUCCAGCUUGCCCUGGAUCUAUAAUGCCUCUGAUCCAACUUUCCAGCUCAGGGAAAGCUGCUGCUACAGCCCCGCUCACCUGGUCGAAGUAGAUGCGGAUGGAGCCCACGUUUGUCGCUCCUACAGCUGUCAGUGAGAAGAAGCCGUGCUUCCAGUCACCUGUGAGGACAACCCGCUCGUUGUGGCAGAACAGCUCCUUGAUCCAGCGAGCAACGCCGGGAUUCACAGACAUCAGAGAGCCUGGAGAAGUGAGAAAAUAUUCAGGUUAGGUUGUCUGGUUUGUAGCAGCAUUGUAAUGCCACACAAAUGGUGUUUUCAGUAUAAGUGUAGCAGCUGAUCCAGUCAACAACUGUCACUUGUUUGUAGGAAGAGAGGCAAAUGCUUGGCAGAGUGAAUGAAAGAGAAGGCUGUGGUGAAAACAAAGGGGUCACAGAAAAAUGUGUGUGGCAGGUCAUGUCUCCCUCUCAGGGUGUUUGAAACCCAAUCCAAAUACUUAGGUUUUUGCCACACACCAAGACGUAAAAUGUUUUUAUCUGCUUAACUAGAGUAUGACGGUGUGCAAAACCUUCAAUCCCAGCUCCAGCAGUGCAACUGUUUAGUUGCAUUUUCUUUGCCAAGCACAAGCAGAGAUCACACUUUAGGCUACUGUCUGGUGUGAUCUGCAGAACUAUCUGUAUUUCAGGUGCAAACUGAAGAAACAGUGUUUGGGAACAAAUCAGGUCAGGUACUUCAAAGAACUCAAAGAGCUUGAACACAAUAUUACUGUUUGCUCCAUUUAUAUGUGACUUGUCCUGGUAAAGCACACUGCUGUAAUACUCAUCAGUGAUUUGUGACAAAUCACUUUGCUGCCAUUAUCUAUCAUAUGUCUGCACAACUGCUGCACUGCUGUGUCAUUCAGCAGUGGCCAUACCAGUGCUUCCCUCCAAAGCUGCUUCCCAGGAACAGAAACCAACCUGGGAAAUGCCGUCGGUGCGACACUGUCCAGUCGGUGGGCGAGUGGAAGCAGUGAUAGUCCCCUGGAGCAAGGUAGAUCACACAGUGGUACAGCUCAUUCCCCUCUUUGGUGACCAGUUGUUGCUGAAAAGAGUUACCAGGUGGGGCUGCAGAGAAAGCAGGGAAAGGAAGGGGUUAGAGAUACUCUUCCCUCAGUGUGGGUGAAGCAGAGCAGUAAUAGCACCAGUCAGUCAUUAGAGGGUCAGGGCUUGAGCAUAAAUCUUUUUAAGGGGGAGCUUAUAGAGUUUUUGGUGUCCAGGUGCUUGGGCCUGUUUUAGUGUGACAGUAGGAGUGCUCCAGCAUCAGCACAGUAACAGAACUUGGGAGUCAAGGGUAGGAACCAUGCAAUUAAAUUCAGAUAAUCAGAAUGAGUCUGGCACAACACUAUAAAGCCACUGAUGAGAAAGAGAAGAACUAAAACAGUGGUAUGUUCAUCCCCCUCAAACCCCCCCCCCAGAAAUCAGGCCUGCUUUUGUUCCUGACAAUGCAGGAAAGAGAAGGGGGAGAAAGAGAAGGGGGAGGAAAAGUGAUUUCUUUUCUCAUGAUCUCCAAGAACACAGAAAGGGCAGAGCAGAAUAAAUGCAGAACUGACACAGAACUCACUCUGACUAAAAUGCAGUUCCUCUGUCGAGACACGAGGUCCCAAGAAAGACUCCAGAGAAUAAGUGACCCCUUUUACUUGCUCCACUUCACAGUUUUUUACCUGCCCGAAAUUCAGGAUCUUUCCAUCAGAGGGACUAAUCUACAGUGAGGGGAAAGAAAUGAAACACAUUAGUUCCUUCCUUUCUUCCUUCCUCCUGAAGCAGUGCUGUUCCCCUGGGGGUGAGGGGAGCUGGCAGAGCUGUGCAGAGCCCUCCCCUCACUCCCCAUGCAUCACUCACCACGCUGUGCACGCCGCACACCGGCCGCGCUUGCGGCUUCAGCUUCCUGCGGAAGAACUCGCUGAGGUUCCUGUAGUGGUGCAGAUCCUCCACAGCCGCCUCCUUCAUGUUCACCCCGAAGGUCCAGAUGUACAGGCUGUACACGGGCUUACGGAGCCACGUGGGCAACUCCACCUGGUUCAGGCGACCCCAGGCCCGCGAGAGCAGCCGAGUUGGUACCGACUUGUACAGGGCAACCUGAGGAAAGAACGGCACCGGGUCACUGAGGGCUUCUCCCCAGGCCACAGAAGGGAUCACACCUCCUGCAAACCCUCCCCUGAACUGUGGGUUACACCACGCACCAAGUGGCCUUCAAGUCAGCACAAAAUGAGCACUGCGCUUCAUCCUCACUGCCUCCAUUCUGGGGAGGGCAGAGAAGGGACAGCAUGAAAAUCACUAUAACCUUACACUGACGACAGAACUCCCGCUGCCCUGCAGGCUGAAGCUCCACAUUCAAGUUACUGGAAGCUGCCCAUGUGAGGCUUAGAGAAAAAAAGAGACAUUGCACAUAUUCUAGUAGAAUGUUAAUCAGAAAGGUUUAAUUACCAAAUUUUUGUGAAUAACCAAAUGCAAACUGACUGAAAAAUAA